UAGCGAAAUAAAAGCAAAACAAUAGAAAACAAGCCAUCGAGUUCUUCCCGGUGACCAGUGCCGGUGGCCGGUAGUUAAGUUUCAUAUUCUCACCGUUCAUCUUCUCCGUCAAACUCACACAUACACUGCUCGAUUUUCACACACAUACACCAUAAACACACAGUGAUUCAAUUAACAAUCUCACAUCACAUCCUCUCGUUCAAAUUUCGAUUCCAUUCGUAUGCGUAAAUCAAUGUAGUUCUUCUUCCGGAAUCCAUGAUUCUAUCAAUUUUGAUCGGUUAAUUCAAUAUUCGUGUGUUUGUUUGUUAUAUGAUGCUUUGUUCUGAAUUGAACAUUCAGAUACAGACAUGGCUCCGUGAUUACGACAAGAUUCAAUCCGUUGCUGUGGUUCUAAUUCACAUUCAAAUUGGUUGUGCUUUGAUUGGAUCAUUGGGAGCAUUAUACACUGGAGUUUGUGUGGUUAACCUUGGGAUUGCCUUGUUUGCGUUAGUUGCUAUUGAGAAUAGCAGCCAGAGACUUGGGAGAACCUAUGCUGUUCUUUUGUUUUCGGCAAUUUUAUUAGACAUUUUGUGGUUCAUCCUUUUCGGUCACGAAAUCUGGUACAUGUCCUCUGGGAUUUAUGGAAAGUUUGCUGUAUUUUCAGUAAAACUCACUCUACUAAUGCAAAUUGUUGGGCUCUCGGUGAGGUCAUCAUCUUCACUGUUAUGGAUACAAAUGUAUAGGUUAGGGUCUUCGCAAGUAGAUAGUUCGUGCCCCCAAGAUGGCGACCAGGAUUUGAGGAACAGUUUUAUAAAUCCCGCCACCCCUGCUUUCAUUAGACCUAAUUUUGGUCCCGAAGAUGGUUUAGGAGGUUCUAUAUAUGACCCGGUCUACUACUCGUCUCUUUUUUCAGAUAAUCAAGAUGAAGGAUUUUUACGUGAGGGUGAAAAUCAUUUCAGUAGCCCGGAUAGGUCUAUACCCGAUGCUCCUUUGUUGAAACCGUCUCUGAGCGGAUCUUUCCAGACUAUACAUGAAACAAGUGUAGAAGGCAGGCUCGGGAGUUAUCGAAGUGCGGGAUUAUGAUUAUGAGAUAAUACAGGAGACAUAUGUUUGCAUGAAGACGACCUUUAGAAAUGGAUGAUAAUUUGUUUAUUCAAAAUUUACAAGCUCUGUAUAGUUGCCCAGGGCAGGCUUGUGCUAUUUUUGCAGAAUAGGCAAAGGUAGAUGGUGUGUGUUACUGUUGGGUUUAUGAGCUUGUAGUAAUGUGUAACAAUGGCAGACUUAAAGAAAUGAUUCAGCCGUUGUUCAUGACUUGAUGAGACUUCUAUAAUUCAUAGUUUUUUUUUUUUUUUUU